GUCGGUGAUGCUAGCCAGGUUUGGUUUGGUCCAGGUCAAGCUCGUCUCUCCUCGUUGGGUUCCCAUUCCGUCCGCCCACUCCGCCCCGACGCAGCGCCGUCGCGCACGCACGCGGGUUGCGGGCCGCACGCAGCCAGUGAGCCACUAUCCCUCACCCGCCUUUGCGUCGGCUCCACCGCACCGCCCCCCUCCGCCGCCGCUCUCCCGCCCCCGCGUUGCCACCGACCCCGCCGCUGCGGCCGCCUCCGCCGGUACAGGCCGCCGGCCGCCAGCCGCCGAAGCAGCUAGCUCGCUCGCUCGCCCCGGGAGGACCGGAUCGCCCUACUCCCCGCCGCCGCGCCCGAUCCGGCCGCGGCCCGCUUUUCCGUCCCAGAUCUUACCGGCGUCCGUCCUUCUCUCCGUUCCCUGUCCGCCUCGAUCCCCGAAUCCGUCGCCCCGCGCGCCAGUCCAGUCUCCGUUCCCCCUCCGCUCCGCUGGUGCUGGACUGGCGUGGAGCGGAUAAGAUCCGUCCCGUCCGGGCGCGGUUCCCGUCGCUGGCAGAGGCUGUGCGAAGGUGGUGUUGGAUUAAUUUACUGUCUGGCUAAUUAUGCUGCCCACUUAUGACUCAUGCUUCUGUUUGCCCACGUCACUUCUUAUCGCUCAUUGUCAGUGAUCUUUAAAUAGUUUCCACCUCAACUACAAAAGAAGCAGCUAUGCGGCUUUCUUCUUCUCUUCAAGAUUUGCCAACUUUCUCCAGAAUUGAAACUUUAGAAAGGGGCUCUAGCAUUGGUGGUGAUCUGAGCUCAGGGCGUGCGAAGCCUGUCCGCACACUUCAAAGAGAAGGUCCUGUAGCAAGCUUUUCCAAAGAGAGAACGCCCCCAUCGUCACCAACAAAUCGAAAGAAAUGGAUGAGAACAGUUGGUUGGGCUGUUGGUCUGAUCUUAUUGCUGUGCUUCAUAUACGCUUCUUUGAGAUAUUUCCAUGUCUUUCUCUCAGAAGGUAGCUCUGAAUACUAUGUGAUUCUUGAUUGUGGCAGCACUGGUACAAGAGUGUAUGUUUACGAGUGGUCCAUCAAUCAUAAUGAUGGAAAUUCAUUUCCUAUUGCUUUGAAACCUUUAGGAAAUGCUCCUAAGAAAAAAUCUGGUAAAUUAGUUGGGCGUGCCUAUCAACGAAUGGAAACUGAACCUGGGUUGAGCAAGCUUGUUCACAAUGAAGCUGGUAUGAAGAAGGCAAUAGAGCCCCUCCUUCAAAUGGCUGAGCGGCAGAUCCCAAGACGCGCACACAAGCACACUCCUGUUUUUCUAUAUGCCACAGCUGGUGUCCGCAAGCUACCCACUGCAGAUUCAGAGUGGCUUAUGGAUAAGGCUUGGGAUGUUCUGAAGAAUUCAUCAUUUUCUUGUAGUAGAGACAGAGUUAAGAUAAUCACUGGCAUGGAAGAAGCUUAUUAUGGAUGGGUAGCUCUUAACCACCACCUGAACAUGCUUGGCACCUCAUCUUCUGCUUCUGAAAUGACUUAUGGUUCACUUGAUUUAGGCGGAUCAUCAUUACAGGUGACAUUUGAGACUGACAAAGUCGUCCAAGGUGACACAGGCGUUGGUCUGACUAUUGGUUCUGUCAAUCAUCAACUUAGUGCUUAUUCUCUUUCUGGUUAUGGAUUAAAUGAUGCAUUUGACAAAUCUGUGGCACAUCUGGUGAAGAUGCUGGGAGGAACAGCUGGUAAUGGCAAAGUUCAGGUCAAACAUCCUUGUCUACAAACUGGAUACAGGGAAGAUUAUGUUUGUUCUUACUGCCAGCCACUCAAACAAGAUGGAAGUCCCAGUGUUUCAGCGAAGACAACAGGAAAAGAGAAGCAGGGGACAGCUGUUGAACUGAUUGGGGCACCUCAGUGGAAAGAAUGUAGUGAUCUUGCAAAAGUAACAGUGAAUCUUUCAGAGUGGUCCAAUUCAAGUUCUGGACUUGAUUGCAACCAGCAACCUUGUGCCCUUGCCAGUACCUUUCCGCAACCACAUGGGCAGUUUUAUGCAAUGUCUGGUUUCUAUGUGGUCUUCAAAUUUUUCAAUUUGACUCCUGAUGCUACUCUUGUAGACGUUCUAAAAAGAGGUCAGGAGUUUUGUGAAAAACCAUGGGAUGUUGCAAGGAGUAGUGUUCCACCGCAGCCUUUCAUAGAGCAGUAUUGCUUCAGGGCUCCUUAUAUUACAUCACUUCUGAGAGAGGGACUGCAGAUCAAAGAUAACCAAGUGAUAAUUGGUUCAGGCAGUAUCACUUGGACUCUUGGUGUUGCUUUGCUAGAGGCUGGGCAGGCACUGUCAAGGAUGGAUAUUCAAGGAUACAUUUUACUGCACCGGGAGAUAAACCCAAAUAUUCUUAUUGUAUUGUUUCUGAUUUCAAUCGUGUUGGUCAUAUGUGCAAUAUUGUGCGUUAGCAAUUCCAUCCCAAGGUCAUUCCGCAAAUCCUAUUUGCCGCUUUUUAGGCCGAACAGCGGAGGCAGUUCUGCGCUUGGUAUGGGAUCGCCUUUCAGAUUUCAUUUAUGGAGACAUAUUAAUUCAGGUGAUGGGAGAACAAAGACACCAUUGAGCCCUACUGUCGCUGGGUCAGAGCCCCAUCCAUUCAGCAUGACUCAUGGAUUAGGAGGCAGCAGCGUCCAGCUUAUGGAAUCUUCCAGGCAAUCGUUGGGUGUAUAUCAUAGCUAUUCAGUUGGGAGCUUGGGUCAGAUGCAGUUUUCUAGUGGAUUGCGGAACCCUACCAGAGGUCAGACAACACUUCAGAGCCGGAGAUCCCAAUCGAGAGAAGAUCUCACGUCUUCAUUAGCUGAUCUUCAUAUUCCAAAGGUGUAGAGCAUUACAUUUCAGGAUGGCAUGACUAGUAUGUGAUCCCAUGCCAUAACAGACUCCAUGUAAAUAAUAGCUCCAGACUGCUUGAUUUCUUCUUGUCUAGCCAGAAGGCAAUUUUGUCGGCACACUGACAAUUCAAAGGUUUAGGAUUCACAAAAUUUAAAGUAUAUGACUUGGUGCCUCAUGGACAUGAUACAUCCAUCCCCUACAAUGCAAUAGAAUCAUGCCAUAAAGAAAGAUGGUCUUGCAAGCAGCUGGGUGUUGUACCAGAAGAAAUGUUACAUGGUUCGCCGAUGCGAUUGGCCAUGGCCUGCAAGGUCACCAGCUCAGUUCUUUGGCCACAAACAUCCAAGGCUAUCAGAUCAUGAUAUUGCUGCAACCAUCUGGGACUCAUAUACUCUUCAAAGGUUCUUAAUUAUUACAGUAUUAUUUUAGUUUUACUACACAUAAUAAAGAUAGCUAUGUUCUUGCGCAC